AUGGCCCUUCCGCUUCCGUUCGCUUCCCGUCCCCUACGUCGGCUGCCCUCCGGCCCUUCUCCGCUCAGCGCCCGGGAGCCUCGGUCUGAGCCACGGCGGCCAUUUUGGCGUCGCCGCGCGGAGAGCGCCGGGAGGGCGGAAGUGCGUCGCGGCUCGGGCCCCGCCCCUUCCGGUCCCCCGCAUUGCGCCUUCGCAAGCGAGAGAGCGUGCGUCCAUGGGGCCUACACUUCCCGUCGUGCCCCGCGGCAGGCGCCCUGCGACGGGGAAGCGGAAGCGGAAGCAGAGCGGGGCUGGGUCCCUGGAGCAGCGAUGCGGUCGGGGCUGCGGCUGCGGCUGGCUUCGGCGCGGCGCUGGGGCUGGGGCUCCCGGGGGGCGAGGGCGGCGGGGCUGGCGGGGGCCGGGGCGGGUCUGCUGGCGCUGGGGCUGGGGCUGCGAGGCAGAAAGGCCUCCGAGGGCGGCCCCUGCCGGAGCCCCCUGGCCCUCCUGGCCCCGCUGCCGCCGCUGCUGCCCUCGGUCUCCGCCGCCGUCCCCUCCGCGCCCCCUUCGCCGCCCCCAGAGGCGCCGCCCUCCCCCCGGAGCACUUACAACUUCAUCGCCGACGUCGCGGAGCGGACGGCACCGGCCCUCGUCUACAUAGAGAUCCUGGGGAGGCACCCCUUCUCCGGGCGAGAGGUGCCCAUCUCCAACGGCUCGGGCUUCGUGGUCUCCUCGGACGGGCUGAUCGUGACCAACGCCCACGUCGUGGCCAACCGGAGGCGGGUGCGGGUGCGGCUGGCCAGCGGGGAGCUCUACGACGCCUCCGUCCGGCAGGUGGACCCGCUUGCAGACAUCGCCACCCUCAAGAUCAGCCCCAAGCGGCCCCUGCCAACGCUGCCCCUGGGCCGGUCCUCGGAGGUGCGCCAGGGGGAGUUUGUGGUGGCCAUGGGGAGCCCCUUUGCCCUCCAGAACACCAUCACCUCUGGCAUUGUCAGCUCGGCCCAGCGGGGGGGUCGGGAGCUGGGCCUCCCCUCCUCAGACAUGGAGUACAUUCAGACGGACGCCGCCAUCGAUUUUGGAAACUCCGGGGGCCCCUUGGUGAACCUGGAUGGGGAAGUGAUUGGGGUGAACACCAUGAAGGUGACGCCCGGGAUUUCCUUCGCCAUCCCCUCAGACCGCCUGCGGGCCUUCCUGGAGCAGGAGGAGAAGCGCAAGGACUCCUGGUUUGGCAGUGCAGAGGGGAAGAGGCGCUACAUUGGGGUGAUGAUGCUGACGCUGACCCCCAGCAUCCUGUCGGAGCUGAAGAUGAGGGACUCCUCCUUCCCAGAUGUCUCCUACGGGGUCCUGAUCCACAAGGUCAUCAUUGGCUCUCCAGCUCAACAGGCGGGACUCAAGGCGGGUGACGUGUUGGUAGAGAUCAAUGGACGGGCCUCCCGGCGGGCGGAGGAUGUCUAUGAGGCUGUGCGGACCCAGGACCACUUGACCCUGUUGGUCCGGCGGGGCUACGAGGCACUGCUGCUGACCAUCACCCCAGAAGUCACAGAGUGAAGGGGGGAGGCAGACAAGUCCCUCUCCAUUUUCAGAACGAACACUUUCCAUGGAGGGGCACCCCUGUGGGGCAACUGCAGGGAGAUGUCCCCACCCCAGCCUCAAAGAAGGCUAAUUUUCUGUUGGUUAAAAGGCUGUAUGAUAGCAUUUGCAUUCUUGUGCUUCCUGGCCUGCAGGGACAGGGCCAUUCUUGCUGCACUGUAUUGCCAAGUAGAGCGCAGGGGGGCAAUGCACAUGGGGGGAGCCGGGCUUGAGUGUAUUGGGGGGGGGGGGGCUUUGUUGGCUCUUGAACAUUUCAAGUUGCGCUGGCUACUAGGUGCAUAGUGCAUGGACACAGGGUCUGUUUUCAAAGGCCUUUGUGUGAGAUCAGAAGUCACUUUACUUACAACUGUCUGGGCUGUCUGGGGAUUGUGGGCACUGUAGUCCAACCCAGCAAGAGGAAUCAGGUCAGGGAAGGUUGCCAUAAGGACUAGAAAUGUGAGCUUUCCUUUAUGGUAGUCCUGAGACAGUUGUGCAUUUGGUCACCUGGCCAGUGAAAGGGAGAGUGUGGGUGUGUGUGUGUGGGGGGAGGGAUGGUUGAUCCCCUCCCUCAGUUUUGCUAAAAUAAACCUUGGUCUUCACAUGCCCA